GUCAGCUGUUUCAUGAAAAUUGAGCCAGUUUUUAAAAUGACAGGUGGAAGUUUUAAAAGAGCGCCUUUAGGUUUCACAUGUGGAGUGUUGGAGGUUAGAGUGUUGUUGUAAAUAUUGUGAACAAUUAUUGGAGCUUGUAAUUUUGUUUUUUGUUUAUUAAGGAAUAUUUUAAUUGUUUAUUGGAAUUUUUAUUAUGGCGUCGCUUUAUCAAACACUGUAUCCAUCAAAAUACUUAAAAGAUUAUUUGUCACAAGAUAUUCGCCCAGAUGGCCGCGAAUUUUUAAACUACCGACCAGUAAAUGUCAAUGUAUCUUCAAUAACCCAAGCUGAUGGAUCUGCAAUUUAUAAAAUCGGAAACACUAAAAUAGUCUGUGGUAUCAAAGCUGAAUUAGCAGAACCAAGAGCAGAAUCUCCCGACUGCGGCUACCUGAUUCCCAAUGUCGGCCUAACACCUCUGUGUUCCUCAAAAUACCGACCAGGACCACCGAGCGAAAAUGCCCAAGUAGCCACUAAAUUAGUCGACCAGAUCCUUAAUAAUUCCCAAGCUGUUGAUUUGCACGAGCUGUGUAUUUGUAAAAAUAAACUGGUCUGGGUUCUGUAUUGCGAUCUGGAGUGCAUUGACUGCGACGGGUCGUUGAUUGAUGCUUGCAUCGGUGCCUUGAUGGCUGCACUAUCAACUUUAACGCUACCGGAAAUUAGUUAUAAUGCAGAAGCUAAAACAACGGUGGUACAUCCGACAAAUCGACAACCUUUUACGCUUAAAUGUUUGCUGUCGUCAACUACUUUUGCGAUUUAUGAUGAUGAUUUAUUGCUAGCAGAUCCAACGGAUGAAGAAGAAGCAUUGGCGUUGAGUAAAAUAACUAUUGUUAUGGAUAAAAAUGAAAUGUGUUUCUUACAUAAAUCAGGUGGCGUCCCAAUUUCUACCACAUUACUAAAAACCUGCAUCGACCAAUCAAAGAAGCGCGCUGAAAAAAUCUCCAGCCUCAUAAGAACAGCGAUCAAGGAUUUAUAAACCAAUAAAAAAGAAAAAAAAUAUA